UGUAUAACUGUGUUCCUUUGUUCGUAAUGCUUAUUAGAGGGAAUAAUAUCAAUUGAUAUGUUAAAAUUAAAAAACAAAAGCACAUAUCAUACGAGAAGCUGCUGAUUGCAGGAGUGGGCUCUCACAAAAUUCUAGCUGUGCUUAACAGAAUAUAGUGUUUUGCUGGAACAGUGUAAGGGAUUUUUUCUUUUAUUUCCUUGUUGGUGCUUGAAAAUAAUUUAGCCUAAAUAUAUGCAUUCACUUUUUCUGGAGCUGCAGGCACAAAACUAAGGAGUGCUUACAAUUCCUUACAAUGAAAGACAGAAAACUUCAUCUGAGGCAUAUUUCAGAUAACUGUAGUUAGAAACAAUUUGUGUAAUUAAGUAUAAUGGUCACAGGCAGAAACGUCUGAGUGUAGAAGAACUGGGAAAUGGAACACAGAGAAAAGGGGGAGGGGAAGUGAACAGCUCAGAGGCACUCUUGGGUCAGUUUUGAUAGGAUUUUUGGAUCCUGGUCAGCCUGAUACAAAUUUUGGGGUAGCUGAUGAGCCUCUCCACUUCAAUGAAUACAUCUGUAAUGAAUUAAUUAUAGAUUAAUACAGUGAAAGCUUAGCAUCUGUACACAUCACGGCCGACAUGCACAUAAAACAAUCUGCUGGUAACUCUGAAGCACUGACUUUCCACUUGAGCAUGCCGGGAGCGAUCUUUCUCUCCACGAAGUAAGGCACCGUGAUUCGGACAGCUGGCAAAGGGCUCGGCGCGGGGAGCAGAGCGGGAGUCCAGAAAAUACGCCGGCUACCGACUAGGGAGGGAUGGGAGCCAUGCAGAAGGAGCAAGACGGGGCAGUGCCGCAAAGGCGUGGCCGUAGGAGCCGCUAAAUACACCUGACCCAUGCUUGGAGCACAUCUGAAAUCCUGGCUAGGGGAGGGCGUUGGGGAGGUCUGUGCAGCCGUGGAGCACCGCUGGGCUCUGCAGCACCCGCCGGGCGGGCGUUUCGCUGAUCCCGAUGGAGCGUUCGGGGACCAGAGAACAGGACGAAGGGACUCAAGGGACUCUGGCUGCGCUGCGGUCUCUGCCUCAGGAGCCCUUCUGGAGCUCGGGCAAUUCGCCUUUCGCUUCUUCACCUCCUUUAACACACCUCCCCCCGCUCCAGUUUUCGGUCUCACUUCUGUCAGCUCCCCUUCCCCUCCUUCCGAGCAUCUCCGUCCGUGCUGGCGUAGUCACAUGUUUAGGCUUUGAUGCCUUUAAUCCCACCCUCACCGCUCAAGAAGGAGGAGAAAAAUUUGCGGGAGAGAAGUGAGCAACAAGCAGAGUGGCAAGAUAAAACGAGAGCGGAGCUGCGUGCCCCCCCCCCCCCACGGGGGCGGAGAGCCCGCGGUGCCGGCAGCGGGGAGAAGGGAGCGGAGGUGCCGGGCUCUCCCGCAGGUUGCCGGACGCCGUCUGAGCAAAGGGGAGCUCAACUCCCAGUUUGGCACCUAAGUGGAACAUUCAGAUCUGUGAAUGCUUGGCUUCUACUGGACACCACUGUUUUCAAGGCGAUCCUGAACACGUUGCAGAAAUACUAUUUGGCACCUGACCUACUAAAAGCUUUCAGAAAACAAGAGGAAUUGCAGAUGAGAAAAGCUGGCCAUCUGGUCCAGUGACAGGAAUCAUCAGCUCAUGAUAAACUGACAAAGAGCAUGGCAGUUGGUGUGAGUGCUAACAGAUAUGGAGAGAAGCAAAACUGCCUGUUCGAUGGUUGUUUUCCUCGAGGCGUUCUGUGUUGCAAAACCAGAAGAAGAGCUCUAAGAUCUUGGGUCGUGUUACUGAUGAGGUGAAGCCAUGGUAAGUCAGAAACGCUUGUGAAGACGACACUGACGUGCACGGCUGGAUUCCAGCCCUGUGUGCUUUUUCAGAGGUAGCCAUUUCCUUGUAGGAGGCGAGGGCAUCCCUCCCGAGAGGGUGGUGAUUACCUUACCGUACCUUAUCUAACCUACCGGACCGUGUGCCGGGAGCUGGGACACCAGUAGGUGGGGUUCCAGCACAACUCCCCACAGGCAGGGCUGCUGCAGAACCGACCGCAGGCUGCAGGCUCAAAGGCAGCCCACCACAGGGACCUGGGGAGCUCCUUCUCCUGGUGCAGGUGAGCCUGGCCCUGGAACAGCACGGGCUGCAGGAGGGCGAGACCUCAGGCAAGCUUCCCUUUGAGUCACCUCAUGAGGCCGCGGCCCCCCACUUCUGCUGCUGCAGGGAAGACACGAGACCCGUUGCUCCCUCUUCAGCAGAAGAUGGCAUGAGGGAGGAGGCCUCUUGCUUGUGUGGGGAUUAUUAAUCCUUCAGCAUAUGUCCCGAGAGCUACAAACCUCACUGCAGGCUCAUGGUUUUUGCAGCUCAGAUCUUCAGCAUAGCUGGCGGAUGGAAAGCUUGGACAAACUGCAGGUUUGGCAGCCACUGUCCCAGUGAUACCUUGCAAUCCUGGAAGGAUGCAUCAGAAGUGAAGGAAUGAGGGCAUGAAUAGAGCAGGGGUGUCCUCCUUCUGCAGCAGCCAUGUUACACCAAGCCUGGCAGCUCUGUGGGAGGUGGUGCCGUUGGUCCAGUCCUUUCAUCCAUCUCCUCACAGUGACUGUGGUGACAUUCGGUGUGCUCGCACCUUUGAUUUGCCACCGACUCCUCUACUCUUACUUUUAUCUGCGGCGCUGGCACCUGAACCCCAUGAGCCAGGAGUUCCUGGAGCAGAACCAGCAGGAGGGCCAAGCUGCCCUCCAUUACUUUGAGAAACUGCAGAUACCAAAUGCCUCUGAGGCCUCUGGCAGUGAUGCCUUCCAGCCCUUGCUGCUAGUCACCAUUAUCACUGUGCAGAGGCGGAAUGAUUUCCACUAUGUCUUGCAAGUGGCCUCUCGCUUCCAUCACCUCCUCCAGAAAUGUGGUGCACAUUGCCAGAGCCACCGCAUCCUCAUCUGUAAUGUGGAGUCAGACCCCAGCAGUCAUCAGGAUGUCAGGCUGCUGAGCAGCUUCUUUCCUAUGGUCAGUCGUGAUAAAACUGGGGAGAACCCUGACCCCAGAGUGAACCAGUUUGAGAAGGAGAAACAGGACUACGUCUUCUGCCUCGAGCAGUCGCUGUUGGCGUACAACCCAGAAUACAUCCUCAUAGUGGAAGAUGAUGCUGUGCCGGAGGAGGAGAUAUUCACCGUCUUGCAGCACUUCUUGUUGGCCCGGUUCUCCAAACCAUACCUCAGAGACGCACUCUACUUCAAGCUUUACCAUCCCGAGAGGCUUCAGCGCUACUUUAACCCCGAACCCAUGAGAAUCCUCGAGUGGCUAGGUCUGGGCAUGUUCCUGGGGCCCACACUGAACUGUGUGUACUCCUGGGCAAUGGGGCGCCCCAGCCUCAGCUGGCCCAUUGUCUUGUUCUUUGCUUUGUACAGCAUGGCUCUGUCAGAGCUGGUGGGACGGCAUUACAUACUGGAGCUGCGCCGGCUGGCCCCCACGCUGUAUAACAUCGUUCCGGUCACUGAGUGCUGCACGCCUGCCAUGCUCUUCUCUGCUCCGUCUGCCCGCCGUGCCUUAGGUUACCUGAAGGGGCUGCACUGCCGCCAGGGUUUUGCUAAGGAUAUUGCCCUUUACUCACUGCUGCGUACUAAGGGGGAGAACGCCUAUGUGGUGGAACCCAACCUGGUCCGGCAUGUGGGAAUGUAUUCCAGCCUUCGGCUAAAUGACAAUCCGAAACUGUUAUGAUUUGUUCAUGCCUUUCCAGACACAAAGCCCAGAGAACUUGCCAGUGGACAGAGAGACAAUGUGCAAACUCAGAUGUUGUGGUGCUCAUGCUGGGCAUCCUGUGCCUCCAGGUGGACAAAGAAUAACUCUCUUUAAAAAAAAAAAAAGUGUCUUUAAAAAUAAACCCACGUACAUGCAGACCCUAUUUAAUAUAUACUUGGAACUAAUCACCGUGCACCAUGUGGGAGGGGAAUGAAGGGUUCCAGCUGAGGGCUGCAGGUUUUCUACUCUCCUUAAUCAUUCUUAGGGAAAAGCUCUCACACUGGUAUAAAUGGCUAUGCUGCCUUACAUUGGUUACAGAAAUCCUCACCGUAGGGCAACAGAAAUGUUGGCCAAAGUGAACGUUUCAAGUUUAAGCUAGUGAGGAAGAAAAGUCCUUAUUUUUCCAUCCUUACUAAGGUCUGAUCUCUGUCCUCUGUCUGUUUCGAAGCUGUGGUUUUGAGCAGACCUUGCAAAAGCAGCAGUGGUUUAUAUGAAUUUUCCCACAAAUUUCACCUAGAUUGCUCAAUUUUACUAAGCCUCUAUUUGUUAUUGUCUCCCCUUACAGAUCCUAUCUGCACCUCCACCCUUCGCACUCCUUUUUCUUGGAACAGAGGCUCUUAAAAACAAAGUUUCCACUGUCUCGUUAAAGGUCACUCUGAAGGCAGGAAUAGGAAGACAGAGCAAAAGCCAUUGAUGUUACACAGCCAGGUCACAAAUGCAUGUUUUCAUUGAUACAUUACAGACUAAACAACAUAGGAUGACUACCACAUUGGUUGGUAUCAUCACUAGUUGUAGUGGAUCCAGGUCAUUAAAAGAAGCCUUAUCAGUUGCUGAUUGGACUUACACAUUCAACGUGAAUUUACCUUGACUUUCUAUCAGCAGAGGCAAAGGGAAGAUUACAUCAGGUGCUCCUGUUGUGCAGGACCCUUGUUUCAUUUUGGAGCUGUAAUUCACAGCUCAGCCCAGUGGUUCUUUCACUGCUCCUGGCAGCAAGCAGAAUACCCACAGGAAACAAAGCUAGCUGUUCAUAAAAACAAGCAACAAGAGGGGUCACUCUGAUAGUGAUCCAUUAACUUGAUGUGCUCUGGUGGUUAGGCAUUUGGGAUAGAUACUUUGUACCACAGCUGUGGGCACAGUUAAAUAUAAAACCAUGCAGAUAGCAGAAUCAAAACAGGCACCAAAAUCUUUAUGUCUGAUGAAAAGCCCACCUUGACUUUCGUGGCUUUGAAUCAAACUCACUUAGAUGUCGAGUUUGGUUGAACUAUUUCUGAAACCAUAUUCCUAGCUUUGGAAUGAACCAAGUACAGUACUUUUGUUGAGUUUUGGUCAGUGGGGUUUUUUUUUGGUUUGGUGAAGGAAGAGCUCUACUCUGAAUUUCCUUUCCCUCAGUCUCUCCUAGGUGAUGUAUGCCUUAAGCUCUUAACAAGUCUGGUUGUAGAUGGGAAAGGCAUAAAACUCCUGAGAGAUGAAACCAAAGAAAGUUGCAAACCUCCAGCUGUAAGCAUGUGAAGGGUAUCAAUUACACAACACACAUGCAUAAUGCAAGUUAGCCGAUUAGAAACGCUUCACAACAUAGAGCAGUCCUUUGUUCUCUCAGUAAUCAGCUGGGACACUUUUAUAAUACCUUUGGAAAUCAGAUGCGGGUAAAAACUGUUUGUGGAUUCCAUGCCAUUCCAAAGGCAAAGCACCUCUCCUGUCAGAGGACACAGGAAAAAUUGCACAGGAUUUAUUCCCAGCUGCUGAAAACCCCAAAGGUACCAGAGUGGUCACAGAGUGGCAGCCUGGGAUCUUUGCAGAUCGCCUUUCCCAUGCCAGAGGCAGAAGGGGAUGAGGAGCCCUGGGAAGGCAGAGAAGAGCUGGUGCUUCCUCAGGAGCUGAACUCCUACAGGAAACCUGACGCAUGGUCAGCCCUACAAACUGCAGAAGACAAACCCCAUGUACCACUAAGCCAAUGACCAACCUUGAGCAAUGACACCUCCCCAACCAGCCUGCGGAGGAGGGAGAAUGAAGGAGUGGAGGGAAAAAAAAACCCAACAAACCACACCUGUCAAGAAUUUUAUAAAAGCUGGCGAUUAGAAGGACCGGGUCUCUUUGCUUGCAACCAUCUCACUAGAAGCUUGUAGCAGCAGAGGCACUGUCCCCAAACACGAACAGCUUGCAAGAAAUAAGCACUCAGCCAUUCUGCAGUGAUCUUCCAAUGUGACCCAUUUGCUGCUAACACUGGCUUUCUAACUUAGCUUAGUCACUCAGAACUCCUGGAGUAAGUGAAUCCUUAGUCUAAGGGGACUAGAGCAAUAACAUACCUGCAUUGCUUUCUAGUGCUUUGUUUUGUUUGUGUUUGUUUAUGCUUGUGGAGUACAUAAAUUUAUGUUUUGCAAGCGGAAGAGAGAAUGACUGGAGAAUGCAGCUGGUCCUGACAAACACCAGUGCUGACAGAAAGUGUAAUUAUGUGUGUUCGUUGCACAGCUUCUUCUGAAGUAUUGGUGCAGUAGUGUGGAUGAGAUUCUUCGGCAGGGGGGUGUAAGGUAGUCUGCAGCACAGGAAACAAAAAACUGCUUUUGCAUUAGGCUGUAACCUUUCAAGUUGUGAACAGCUAGCUUCAGGAAAUUGCUGAACAAACUCAAAUCCUCAUUGAGUCUAUGAUCCUCCAUCCCUUUCUCAACUAUCCCAUGUGCCUGGCACCCAGAACUAUGUAGCCCACCUGAAACCCUCACCACCGCUUCCCCCCUGCUGGCGUUACAAGACUUGAAUUCUUGUGCAAGUCUGACAGCAUUUUUUUACCUUUUCUGAGAAGACCACAGCCCUGAGAGGCAGCUUCACCCUAAUGACCACACUUACUUCCAAGAAACCAGUUUCUUGCCACCACAGCCAUCUCUAGCCAUCGUGAGCGCUCCAGGAGUGCUCUGCACUGACUGCAGAGGCCAGGUCCCUGAGUACAUAACCUCCUUUCAUACUUGCUAGAGAUAUGAAAUGGGGUACAUUUGCUCAGGGCUUGCUCAUUUGCUCAGAGCAGUAGCCUUUGGUCUGAGGCUAACAUGGGAAUCAGGACAGGGCACUGCAGGUCUCAUCCACAUGAGAUAUGAAGUUGAAGCAAGGUCCCUAGACAGAGCAUGAAGAUGGAAAACUCCCUUGUUCUCACCCUCAUAAAAGAGACUAAAACCAACCAGGCAAUUUACCAUCAUAUAUGCCCCAAAGGACCUAUCAAGAUGGUGAAAUUAGUAUGUCAAUCAAAAAAUCUGCUGCUUUUUCUAGAUGACAGAAGUCUGAAUAUCUCUUUUGGUCCUAUACCCUUGACUCACCUUUUAGAACCCAGAAAUGAAACAUUUUGCUCUGUUAAAACCAUCACUCUCACUGAAAAGAUAAAGGGAGCAAUAUCCUGUUCUUCCCUCAGAGCUCCUUCAUACACACAGGAGGCACCACUUCCACUUCAACUCCCUAAAGCAAGUACUCACACAGAGUCACAGGGUAAUUCAGGCUAAAAGGGACAUUAGGAUGUCUGUAGUCCAACCUGCUCAAAGCAGGGUUAGAUACAAGGUCAGAUCAGGCUGCUCACGGCUUUGUUCAGGUGGGUGUUGACAGUCUCAAAGGACAGAGACACCACAGCUUCUCUGUCAACCUGCUCCACUGCUUGGCUGUCCCAAUAGUGAAAAAAAUGUCUUCUUAUCCAGUCUGAAUCUCUCUAGUUUCUGCUUAUGCCUGUUGUCUCUCACUCUCCCGUCACAUGCCGCUGUGAAGAGCCUGGCUCUGCCUCUUUGAUCACUACUCUGUAGGUAUUUGGGGUUGCUGAGACGUGCCCCCGAAGCCAUCUCUGCUUGAGGCUGAACUAGACCCAGCUCUGCAGCCUCUUCCUCGCAGAGCAAGUCCUUCAGCUCACGACCUUCUCGGUGGCAUCUGCUGAACUCGCUCCAGUUUGUCAAUGUCUUUCCUGUACUGCAGGGGCCCAACACUGGAUGCAGUACCCAGAUGUGAUCUAAAGAGUGCUGUGCAGAGGGGGAUAAUCCCUGUCCUCCCCUGGCUCUCUGGGCCAGACCCCUGCUCACACAGGACGCUGCCGGCCAUCGUUGCUGGCCCCUGUUCAGGUCUCUGCCUGAUGGGGCCCUGGGCCUUCUCCAACGAGCUGUUCCCCUGUCCCACCAGCCCUGGUGGGAUUACUGCCAGGGUUCUGCCCUGCAGGCAAUGGCUGGGCAUUUGUCUUGGCUGAACUUCAUGGUGCUCCUGUUGGUCUCGUCCCACCCCCCAUCCAGGCUCCUCUGGAAGGCUGCCCAGCAAUCAAGCGUAUCGACUAGUCCUGCCAGCUUGGUGUCAUCUGCAGGCUAGAUUAGAAUGUGCUCCAUCAGCAGGAUGGGGCCAGGCUUGCCCAGCUGUUCAUACCUAUCAGUUUGCCCAAUGCCCAAGUAACCAGAUGUACUUAGAAGUAGCUUUUCAAUGGAGCUCCAUAGAGAGGUGAGGGCAAUAAAUAGAUUUAUCCACUGCAAUGAGAAUAUAAGGUACAUAACUCAUUAUGUGUGUCUCUCCUAAGCAUACAAGUGUAAAAGAGGAGGAAAUCCAGUCAGGUUAACACUGUGCAUACAUGUGACGGGCUAAAUUUUUGAAUAGUUUUCAUUUUCCCUAUCAACUGUAUUUAUCUAUCUAUAUAUGCAACUUUUGCUUCUUCAAACCUGCUCUUUGGAAGCAGAAUCUCUUGUGUGCGCAGUGCAACGACAUGUACAUCCGGUUUGUAUUGCUAACUGUCAGAGAUGAUGUUGAAGGGCUGUCUUUACUAGUAACUGAACAGGAAAAGCUACAUGCAUGGAAUACAAAUCAUAUUUUGAGAGUUUGGUCCUGCACUUUUGGAACCAAUUUUAUAAAAGAAGGCAAUGAAGACACCCAAGAGAAAAACCUACAGAAUCUAAUCCAAUCUUUUCCCAUCUGCAAACCAGGACUCAGGUGAGAUUUUCUGUAAGAUUAGAAGAUGCCAGUCACUUGAGGUUGGUUGGAAAGAAAAGAUGCCAAUGAAGUAUUAAUGUUUCUAAGAUGAUCUGAAGUGGAAAGUAAGAGUUUAUUCCUUCUGCCGUUCGUCUUGCUUCUGCCCUUUGGUUCUCACUAUUAAUAUUAACAGGAUGCAGUGCUUGUGCUGAUAUUCAUGAAGAUACUUCUCCUGCAGUCUUCCAUUACCGUAGCUGAGAAAAACUUGAGACUUCAGCAGUACAAUAUUUACUUUUACAACUGUGCUGUCCCCUUUUCUCCCACCCCCACCUCCUGCCAGUUACACGCUGGGGGCUGAACAAAGAACUUUGUUUGCUUAAGGAGCUGUUGAAGCCUGACAAACACUCAAGGUAGCCAUAAAGCUGGGGGGUUUGUGCAUUCUGUGCAGUUUUAUUCUUUUGUUUUUUUCUUCCACUUUUUAACAAUGUUAUGUAAGUAGUUACCACAAAGAGAACAGAUUGUAUUUAUACAAUGUCAAAUCAAUGUGAAAUUACUUGAGCUUGUGACACUAUGAUACUAGCCCACAGCCUAAAAUGGGUAAAUAAAAAUAAAAUUUCUUUAAAAACUUCA